AUGGUUUUGCUAGACAAGAUGUGGGAUGAUGUCGUUGCUGGGCCUCCACCAGAACGUGGCCUCGGCAAGCUUAGAAAGAUCAGCACCAAACCUCUUAAUAUCAAAGAUAUCGACGUAGGAGAGGGGAGCAGUGUUAGUAAGUUUCAGAGGUCCAUGACUAUGCCAGCAAGUCCAGGGACACCCACGACGCCAGUGACCCCUACAACCCCAGUGUCGGCGCGUAGCAAUGUUUGGAGGAGCGUGUUCCACCCUGGUAGCAACCUUGCUACUAGGAGUCUUGGUUCUCAAGUUUUUGACAAGCCACAGGCUAACACCCCCACUGUCUAUGACUGGUACUGGAAUCACGCCGUUAGAUCUGCAUCCGAUGGCUUGGAUCUGCUAAAUGGAUUUGAUUUCUUUGUACAUCAAAAUGAAAUUGUAAUAUCGUAUCUGAUGAUCGUAGGAUGUACAGUGGAGAGACAAGGAGCCAGCAUCGCUGAUGAGGUGGCAUUCAACUAA